UGGGAGUCCGGUAUAAAUACUUAGGCAAACGCGCAUGCUCGGAUGUGCCACUAAGGAGGAGACAGCGGCUUGUAGCUAUGGAGAGAUACUUUGAGGCCGUGGCAGUGGCGGACGGAUGGAGAAAGGGCCCUUGGACUGCUCAAGAGGAUAAGCUCCUCAUCGAGCAUGUCAACCUCCAUGGCGAAGGGAGAUGGAACUCGGUCUCCGAGCUAUCAGGGCUGAGGAGGAGCGGGAAGAGUUGCAGACUCCGGUGGGUGAACUACCUGAGGCCUGACCUCAAGAAAGGGAAGAUAACCCCUGAGGAAGAGAACGUCAUCCUCGAGCUGCAUGCCUUGUGGGGAAACAGAUGGUCCACCAUCGCUCGAAGCCUCCCGGGGAGGACCGACAACGAGAUCAAGAACUACUGGCGGACACACUUCAAGAAGAGCACGCCCUCGAAGAACAUCGAGAAGGCGAGGGCCCGGUUUCUGAGGCGGCGGCAGCAGCAGCAGCAGCACCAAGCUGUGCCACCGCCGCCGCCGCCGCCGCAGCAGCAGCAGGAUGACAUGAGGACGAUCAUGAACCAAGUAGCGCAGAUUACACUGGCGCAGGACAUGCAGCAGGAGAUGGCGUACAUGUACCCCUUACCCUACGCGCUCCAGCAACAGGGCGGCGCUGCUCAUGGCUGCGUCGUGGAUGGACCAGCGGCGGCGGCGGCGGAGGACGACUCCUGGGGGAGCUUGUGGAACCUCGACGACGUGCAGCACGACGUAGAGCGCGUGUGCCGUGGCUGCCUUCAAGUGCAAGAUCAAGCCCUCUCUUUCUACUGAGUAGUAGCAUGUAGUGUUGUCGUCGUCGUCAUGCAAAGUGAGUGGAUUUCGGAGAAGCUUAGUCUGUCACGUCGGUGGAGAAGGAUGAAGAAACCCACUUAAGCUUGCCUAUGAUCAUUACAUCUAAAUCAAUUGCCACUCCUUUCUCUCUUCUUUUGGCUUCGUGAGACAAAUCUAAAUAAA